UCAAAAAUUAAUGUAACCCAAGCCCAAUUAAGAUUGAGUAUGAAAUCCCUAAUUUUUGGGCAUCAUCGAUAACGUCGCAUGAUUAAGCAAUUACCGGAGGGAAUUUGAUGAUGGAAACGAGAAAAGUGGAAGCUCGGAAGCUGCUCAAGGACAGGAGGUUCUGGCUCGCCUCUUUCCUUAUUGCUUGGGCCGCUGGCCUUCAGGGGCACAUGAUGUGGCUUCAGCGCCAAGAUUCCUUUAAGCAAAUGUUUGGGGAGCUCAAACCGGAUUCUGAUUCCCACGAGGCCGCCGAUAAACAGUCGUGAGACUUUCGCCUCUUCGGUUCAGAUUGAUAUUGUGUAUGAUUAGUGAUGCAAUUAUACUCGAGCAUGAUAAUCACAAGGAGUGCUCCGUCCGCCAAAAAUAGACAUAGUUGUGGAUGACAUAGGUUUUGAUGUGCAAUUGGUAAAGUAAGAGAGAAAAGUGAAAAGUAAAGUAGAAGUAGUGUUAUUGGAUUGUUGGGUCGACAUUAUUAGUAGCAUUUUAAUGUUUAAAAACUUUCAACAUUUAGAAUUUGGUCUAAUUUUGUGGACGGCCAAAAAUGGUAGAACUAGUCUGUUUUUUGUGGACGAAGGUAGUACAAUUCACGUUGUGGAAGUUGACUAUGGUUUAGUUGCAGUUUUUAUCCAUUAUCAUGGAUGGAAUGAUGUAGCUGGAGGAUACUUAGGACAUGUGAGAGUUGUUUGUUGUCUCAUUCUUGAAAUAUAUUGUAGACAAACACUGGAACCUGGGAUUUGUAACAAGUAAUUUGAAAUUCUCUCUUGGGUUAA